UCUCUGAAGUUUGGAUCUCUUCUGUGCUUCUGUUUCAUGGUUUUGCCUAUUUUACAACCUUAAGUUUAUCCAGUUCUAAUUUAGAGAUUAAAAGAAAAGAAAUUGAAAUCAUGGGAGGGCAGAGUAGCAAGAAGCCUGCUGAAACAUCGGCCUCUGGAAUUAACAAUCUGCAGUACAGAACAGAAAUGAUAAACUCAUAUGAAGCUGCUUGCAGGGUUGAUGUAGAUUUGCAUAAUUUUGAUUCAACUCUCCAAGUAAGAACCAACCAUGUCCUCAGUGCCCUUGCUGGAGGUGUUGAGGUGAGGGCGUUAUCGUUUGAUUCCUUAAAAGAAGUAACAGGAUGUCUGCUAGACAUGAAUCAAGAAGUGGUUAAGGUCAUCUUGGAAUGCAAGAAGGACAUCUGGAAAAACCAAGAACUCUUUGAGUUAGUUGAGGAGUACUUUGAGAACAGCCUGAAGACACUCGACUUCUGUGUCGAAUUGGAGAAGUGCUUGAAGCGAGCUCGAGAUAGGCAGCUGCUGAUCCAUGUUGCUCUCCAGGAAUUCGAGGCGGAGACUGGGGUUGAAGGGAAUAGCUAUGCCAGAACCCUGGAGGAGCUGAAGAACUUCAGAGAAGCUGGGGACCCUUUCACUGAAGAGUUCUUCCAGAUCUUCCAAUCCGUUUAUAUGCACCAAAUGCUAAUGCUCGAGAGGCUGCAAUCGAGAAAGAACAAACUCGACAAGAAGCUCAAGUACAUCCACGCCUGGAGAAAGGUCUCCAGCAUCAUCUUUGCUGCAGCAUUUGCAGCCGUUCUGAUCUGUGCAGUGGUGGCUGCUGCCGUGGCUGCCCCACCUGUUGCAGGCGCCCUGGCAGCCGCCUCUUCGGUCCCCAUCGGCUCAAUGGGUAAGUGGAUCGAUUCGCUUUUCAAGAACUAUGAAAUCGCCAUCAAAGGGCAGAAGGAAAUCAUCAACUCCAUGCAAGUGGGCAGUUAUGUGAGCAUCAAAGACUUGGACACCAUAAGGGUGCUGAUUGAUAGGCUGGAAGUAGAGAUAAAGUCCCUCCUGGAAAACGCGGAUUUCGCCAUUAACCACGAAGGGGCAGUGAAGAUUGCAAUCGAAGAGAUCAAGAAGAAGCUGGAUGUUUUCAUGAAGAAUGUUGAGGAUUUAGGGGUGCAGGCUGAUGUGUGUAGCAGGGAUAUUCGCAGAGCCAGGACUGUGAUUCUGCAAAGGAUCAUCAGACACCCCAACCAUUAAGGAUUCAUGCUGGAAACCUCAACCUCUCAAGUCUCAAACUAAACUAAACUGUGGUCCUCCUAGGCCCUAGCUAGCUUGUUUCAUGAAGAAUAAUAAUAAAAGGAUAUUGAAUUCAUUGAUUUGUAAUCUGUAAAGUAAUGUUCAUCUUUCCUGAACUAAUUUAUUAACAUGGAAUUUGAUUUAGAUA